AUGGAAGAAGAAACCAUUCAACACAAAGACGAAAUAUGGGGUUUAGUCUCAAAAUAUAUUGAUGAGAUUGUUACAUAUUCUAUAAGAAAUGAAUUAAACAAAUUUACAGAUAAUUUACUUGAAAUUCAAUUGAAUUUUUACAAGACUCAAAAUAAAUUAAAUGUGAGUGCCUUUGUGAAUUCAUUAAUUUUAUUUCUAUUAGAACUAAGUCAUUGUGGUUCUCAAACAAACACAAGCCUUAUUCCCAGAAGAACUUGUUCUGAUCUUAUUGAAAAUAAAGAGAUUUCUCAAGCCUUAUCUCAAUGGUGUGAUGAUUUUAUUGGAUUUUUUACUAUUAACUUAUCUAUUCAACCAACGCUAUUGAAUUAUAUUACCUCAUUAGUAUUUCUUAUUAAUAAUUUCGUAUUUCAUCAUCAAACUUAUACUGAUGAAGUAGUUUUUGAAUUGUGUCAGACCAAAUCACAGCUUAAAACAUUAUUUGAAAAACAACCAUCACAAGCAUCAAUCUUUAACCAAAAUUUAAAACAACCAACACCUUCGUUAGAUGAGUCUACAGAAAGUGAGUCUCCGUUUAUUGUUCCUGAAAAAGUAUUUUCUAUCUUACAUAGUAAUAAAUCGUAUAAACAUAAUGAAAGUAAAGAAGAAAAGAAAGGACCAGAAACGAUUGAUUUAUUUGAAGAUAAAGAACCUGCUAAUACUAAUACCAAAGAAGUUAAAGUGUUAAAUAAUACAGAAAAAAUUGAAACACCUAAACUUGUUAAUAGAUUUAGUUUCUUUAGUAUCUUUAAAGAAAAAGAAUCUGAAGAAGAUUUAAUUAAUGAAGAAACCUCUUUGGUUCAACUGAAAUCACAAAGUGAUAAAGAUUUAAAGAAGUUAUCUAUUUCCCAACGAAAUCAUUUCAAUUUUAAUUUCAUUAAGAAUAGUAGAAGGAAUUUAUUGGCGGAAACUUCACUAAGGAGUAAUGGAGUUUCUCCAAUGGAAGUUCUUGAUAAUAAAGAAGAAAGUGAUAGAGAACUUCAAAUAGAAAAUGAAACAAAAAUUCCUUCAUCAAAGAAGGAAGAAAAGGAAGUUAAUAAACCUAAAGAAUUAACAAGUAGUAAGAAAGGUUCAUAUCAAACACUUCAAAAUAUUAUUAAUGGUUACAAAAAACAAAAGGAUAAAAAAGAAUUAAGGAAGGAUAGUAUAGAUGAAUGUGAAAUGGUUGGAGAAAAUAGUGGAGUCAUUGAAAUUGGUGAGAGUCAAAACAGUCAAGAGUCUGAAGUUCAUUAUGUUCAACCAAUACAACUUAAAGAAACUCAUGCAACGUUACCACUUUUUAGUGUAAAAGAAAGGGAUCAGAAAGGAUUUAGAAUAGAAUGUGGUUCAUUAGUAAAUUCAUUAAUAGAAGAUACAGAAAAAGUAACAAAAUCACCUAAAACACCGAAAAGUAUUAGAGAACUAAAAAGAGAGAAAAAAGCACAAAUAACUAAACAAAUACCAGAAGUUAUAGAUGUUGAUGUUAAUGGAAGUGACUCAGGAGAUAGUGAUGAUAUUAGUUUAAUUAAAAAACAAGUUCAAGUAAAUGAAACAGUAAAACAAAAAAAUGAACAGUAUAAGGAAAUAAAAAGAGUUAAAAUAUAUCGGACAUUAUAUAGUUUAGCUAAAUUUAAAGAUGGAAAUUGGUUAAUUAGAAGAAAUGUUACAUUAGGAGAGAAAGAUAUUGGGAUUUAUAUAAAUACUGCUCCCAAUAAAAUGGAAAUUCAUGACCUUAGAAAAAGUAAUGGAGAAGUAAGUCAAACAUGGAAUUCAAGAAUAAUUAAAGACCAAGCACUUGCGUUAAUAAAUGUAUAUUCUGUGAGAGAUGAAGUGUACUGUGAAAGAGAAUUCAAAGAAUUCGUUUUUAAUUUAUUAGAGAGUAGUGGAUUUAUUGAAAUAUACACACUGGGUUUGGAUAGAAAUUUGAAUGAUAGUUGGGCGUUUGUAUCACCAUUUGAUCGAAUAACUGGACACAAAUCACAUGAAAAAAUUCCAAUUAAUAAUCCACAUUUAUUAUGUGUAUUUCCUGUACCAAUUAUAUCAGAAAAAGAUGAAUAUUAUGUUAUUUAUCAUAAUUAUAUUAAAAGACGGUCAAUAAAUGAUUAUUUAGCAAUACAAGUACGAAUGAGAUAA